UAUGGCAGCACUAACGUCACUUCCUGUUACUCUCCACUGCCAUGGGGAUGGCUGAGGGAGGAGGAAAGGCCGGUUGCUGUGGCAACAAGUGUACACUACAACACUACAGCUGGAGCCUGCGAGUGCAGACAUGCCGGAAAGUGUGGUGGGGUCGCUCAGCUCCGGCUCCAAUGGCUCCCAGCGGUCUAAAGCCUGGAAAUACCGGACCAAAGCUCUGAGCUCGGAAAUAGACGAGAGCCUGUUUGGAGUGAAGAAACUCCCAAAAGAUGACACUCCGAUUGUGCAGAGGGUCGAGCAGGGACGGCGUAAGACAGCGUCAGCACCGACGAGGGGCCACAAGCCUGAGACCAUCCGAAUUAUCACCAGCGACUUGAUUCGGGACCUCAUUGUUCCCAAAGAGGACCCCUCCGGGAUGUCCCUAAUCAUGAGUCCCCAGGAUUUCAUCCGCGUCAGGUCAGCAGCCCGCGUCCCAACCAAGGAGGAGCGUGAGAAGGCAAUGCAGUACAUGAAGGAGGAGAAUGAGGCCAACAUUGAAGCGAUUAAUGAGCGUAAGACCACGAUGAAACAAAAGGAGAUGCUGCGCAAGAAAAACGAGAAGCUGAGUGACCUGGAGGAAGAAGCCCAGCAGAGGGCGCAGUAUCUGCUUCAGAGGGCCAACGCCAUGCGGAUGGAGCAGGAGGAUGAGAUCAAGAAGCUGAACGAGAUGAUUCUAAAUGCCAAGUGCUACGCCAUCUGCGACGCCCAACUUCUGGAGAAGAAGGUGAUCUCCAAGGAGCUUGAGGAGGAGCGGAAGAGGCUGGACCAGAUGAUGGAGGUGGAACGGCAGAGAGCCAUCAAGAUGCAAGAGGAGAUUGAGGAGAAAAGGAAGCAGGAGAAGAUCAGAGGGAAACAUCACAUCAUCCAGCAGAUAGGAGAGAACCAGGAGUCCAGGAUUAUGCAGGAGGAGCAGAGGGAGCAGGAAGCUCAGCAGAUGCUACAGUACCUGGAAGAGCUUCAGAUGGAAGAUUAUAAGGAUAUGGAGCGGAGGAGAAAGGAGCAGCUGGAGAUCCAGGUAGAGAUCAAGCGUAUUAAUGCUGAGAAUGAGAGGAAAAAGAUGGAGAGGCAGGAACAGGAGAGGCUGGCGGAUCUGAGCGUCCUGGAGUACAACAAGCAGAAGAUGGCCCGAGAGGCAGAAUAUGAAGCUGAGCAGAAAAAGAUUAAAAAGGAGAAAGAGCUGGAAAUCGCCCGUCUCCGAGCAUUACAGGAGAGAGCCGGCGACCACCGAGCAGAGCAGGAUGCUCUUCGAGCAAAAAGGAACCAAGAAGCCAUAGAGAGAGACUGGCGCCAGAAGGAGAAAGAGGAAGCACUGAAGCAGUCUCAAGUUAAUUCCAUGCUACGGAAGACACGUCUGGAACAGGUGGCGCAGAAGGAACACUUCCUGGCUGUGCAGGCACAGCGGGAGCGGGCAGAGUUUGAUAGGGUUUUAAGGGUCCAGCACGAACUGGCCGAGAAACAACUGAAGGAACAGGAGGAGAGAACCAGCAAAUUGAUGAAACACGCAGCACAGUUGAGGCGUCAGGUGCGGGAGCAUGAGCAGAAACAAGUUAUGGACCGUAUAGCUUUCUUUGACGAGGGCAAGAAGUUGACGGAGGAAGCACGGCAACGCAAAGCGCGUCUGGAUGAAGUUAAGCAGAAAAAGCUGGAGGAGUUACGUAUGGCCGGGCUCCCAGACAAGUACUGCUCAAUGGUCGUACGAAAAGCUGAGGUCCCUAUAACCAGCGUCCAGUGAGGAGGAGGGGAGGCCGAAGAGACCCCAAACACAGCCCAUCCUGCAUCAUUGUCACCUAGCCGUCUGAUCUCUGCAGAUAAAGCCUGUGUUUGUCUGUUACCUUCAUCUGUCUCUUUCAUGUACAUCACUGAUCUAUUAGGUCGUCAUCAUUAUUAUCAUUUAGUAUAUAUUACGUAGUCCACUUCUCUAGGUACAAACCAGUCAGGGGUCUUGUAUCUGCACACACACAUACACACACACACACACACACACACACACACACACACACACACACACACACACACACACACACACACACACACACACGCGCACGCUCUAUGUGAUAAACACAACAUUUUCUAUGUCACAUGUUAAAGCGGUUGCUCAGUACAUGAUUCUGUGUGUGAGCAUAAGUGCUAUAGUCUCGUGUGUUACAUAGUUACACAAUGUUGCUGUACUCUAAUGGCUGAAGUAAUUACAAGGUGCACUAAGCAGUUGCUGUUACCCAUAGCAGCUAAUCAGAUAUCAGCUUCUAAUAGACUACUGGAGCCAGACAAAUGGAAGCUGGCCUCUGAUUGGUUGCAGCACAUCAUUGCUCUUUGCACUGUGUUCAGGAACCCGUCCUAGGGGAAGUAUUACAUAACAGGGUACAGUAGUGCCGGGACCCAGCUUUGGUCGUAUGUUCUGGACUGUGUUAGAAAUAGGAUGAACUCACUGAAACCCUAAAGUCUUAUUUGACAAAGGGAGCCGUAACCCACAGUAACCAGGAUUACGCUUCCUCUUGUGUAACCCAUAGAGCGGGUACUAGCAGUCAGUAAAAAGGUUACAUUUGUGCCUGUUAGUAAAUACGAUUGCAAUUUUUAUGACCUACAAAUAUCUGUAAAUCUGGUGUUUAUCAAAUAAAAAAGGUUAUAUCCCUGUAGUGUAA